AUGUCGUCGUCUAUCCAAAUUGACGAGCCGUUCGAGCUCGUCAAGCUCUCCCUCGACGAGCGGAUACAGGUCAAAUGCCGAGGAGACCGCUAUCUCAGGGGUCGCUUGGUCGCCUAUGAUUCCCAUUUGAAUAUGGUGCUAAGCGAAGUAGAAGAGGUCAUCGAGCCGCCAGUCAAGGAAGGGGUGAAGCAUCGAAGGCCGAUUCGUCGGGAUCUGGAUACUAUAUUCGUCCGUGGUGAUGGUAUCAUCCUCGUGAAUCCACCUCCGGCCAGGCGAUAG